AUGAACAAACAAUUUUCCACUCUUUCGGCCACUGGCCGGAGCUCUGACGAGGUGAGUUUUGAUGAUACCGUUUUUGGGUUUUGGGAAGAUGUUCAGGUUCCAUCGGAAAAUUCAUCCAACUCCGGAAACGAUGACGAAGUUGAUUAUGAAGAAGACGAGAGCUUUUGUACAACGGAAAAGAAUCAAGCUUUCUGGGAAGAACAAGAUCAGCUUCUCAAGGCAACUUUAUGCAGGAGUAGCUCCCGUGAGACAAAAGUUCGGGAAGCAACAAAGGAGGCUCUAAGAGAAAUGAACACGUCGGAGAUGGUGUGUAUUUGCCGGCAACCGGUGGUGGCUAAGAGUUGCCGGAAUUGCUUGCUGAGAGAAAUAUGUGAUCGAUUAUUGAAUCUUGGUUACAAUUGUGCCAUUUGCAAAUCUAAAUGGAGAAGUUCGUCCGAAAUUCCAUCAGGGGACCAUACUUAUUUGGAAGUGACAGAUAAUUCAUCAAACACUAAAAGAGGGGCAAUAAAAGUGGUGAUUGAAUUGAGCUUUAGAGCUGAAUUUGAGAUGGCACGGGCUAAUGAAGAAUACAACCAAUUAAUUAGGCGAUUACCCGAAGUAUAUGUUGGAAAAGCAGAAAGGUUAAGAGUAUUAGUUAAGAUUAUGUGCUCAGCUGCUAAAAAAUGCAUGAAGGAGAAGAAAAUGCACUUAGCGCCAUGGAGAAAACACAAGUAUAUGCAAGCUAAGUGGUUGGGCACAUGCUAUAGCUCUACAGUGGAACCACUACCCAUAACAUAUUCUACAAGACAACCAAAACCUAAGGCGCCUUCAAUGCUCACUUGUGAUUUAUUAGAUAACAUUUCAGGGCUGCACUGUACUGCAGUUGAGGUUGUGUGA